AUGGAUAAAUACAUGAAGCGUCUAGCAAAGUUUGAUCCUGACAACACCGGCUACAUCAGCACUGAGAAGUUUCGCUCCCUUCUCCAGAGACACGGUUCGGAGCUGGACCCCCACAAGCUGGAGGUCCUGCUGGCCCUGGCAGACAGCAACUCUGAGGGGAGGAUCUGCUACCAGGACUUCGUCAACCUGAUGAGCAACAAAAGGUCAAAUAGUUUCCGCCAAGCCAUCCUUCAGGGGAACAGGAGGCUGUGCAGCAAGGCACUGCUGGAGGAAACGGGGCUGAGCCUUUCGCAGAGGCUGAUCCGGCAUGUUGCAUACGAGACCCUGCCACGAGAGAUAGACCGCAAGUGGUACUACGACAGCUAUACCUGCUGCCCUCCACCCUGGUUCAUGAUUACCAUCACUAUCGUAGAGGUUGCCUUUUUUCUUUACAAUGGAGUGGUAUUAGACAGAUUUGUGCUGCAAGUCACCCAUCCCUUGUACCUGAAGAACGCAUUACUUUACCAUCCUCAGCUCCGUGCUCAGGCUUGGAGGUACCUAACCUACAUAUUCAUGCAUGCAGGGAUAGAACACCUUGGACUCAAUGUUGUCCUUCAGCUCUUGGUUGGGGUUCCCCUGGAAAUGGUGCAUGGAGCUGCGAGGAUCAGUUUUGUGUACGUUGCUGGAGUUGUGGCAGGGUCCCUGGCAGUGUCAGUAUCUGAUAUGACUGCACCUGUGGUGGGUUCCUCUGGAGGCGUGUAUGCUCUUGUCUCAGCUCACUUGGCGAAUAUAGUCAUGAACUGGUCAGGAAUGAAGUGCCAAUUCAAACUGCUGCGCAUGGCUGUUGCCUUGAUCUGUAUGAGCUUUGAAUUUGGAAGAGCCGUGUGGCUGCGAUUCCACCCCUCCGCUUACCCGCCGUGUCCACACCCUAGCUUCAUGGCUCACCUGGGAGGGGUGAUGGUUGGAAUCACCCUUGGUGUCAUCAUCCUGAGGAACUAUGAGCAGAGACUCCAAGAUCAGACUUUAUGGUGGAUCUUCCUUUCUAUUUAUGUCAUUUUUGUCUUGUUUGCCAUCUUCUGGAACAUUUUUGCCUACAGCCUAUUGGAUCUAAAGCUACCUCCCCCUCCUUGA